AUAGCUAAUCAUUUACCGUUGGCUUGGGCCUGGGGCUGAUCCUGCAAAUUUUCCAAACGGCCGUCGUCAGAGAGCCAGAAGCUCUGAUUUGUCGAUAGGAUUUCGCCGGAAGUCUCCGUUAUCGAUAUCGAAGAAAAGGAUGUUCGAAUCUGGAUUCAAUUUGUUCUUUUUACUAUUGCCACUACUCAUCCUUCAAUUUUUGCCUAGAAUUUCAGCAAUAAGGAAGGAUAUUGGCUUUCAAGAAAUAAAAAUUUGCAGCAAUACAGUUCAAGGAAGAUUUUUACUAUCUGAUGACAACGGUCAUGUAUGUGAUGCUCUAUCACUGGAUCCACAGUCCCGCUGCUGUCCUGAGAAAGGAGAGAAAUUCUCUUGUCAUGGAUGUAACCUUCUUUCGCAGUGUUGCAAUUCCUAUGAAUAUUGUGUUUCAUGCUGCCUGGAUCCUGCAACGACACAAGAAGAAGAAGUCAUAAAGUUGAAAAUAGCCAAGCCAUCAACUGCAGCGACUUAUGCAAGCAUUUUUUAUUUCUGUGCUGGGAGGUGCCGUCAUAAUUCUGAGAGUGUGGUUCACGAAAAUGCCUAUCUUAGUGAUUUCCAUCAUUGCUUUUCCUUGCCAUCAAAUCCUUCAGGUGCAAAUUAUACACAACUAGAAGCAAGACUAGUUGGCAUUAAUGUAGUUAUUGGAAAGCAAGGUGAGUCCUGUGAUUCAGCUUGCAAGUCAAAUGGACAAUCAUGUGUCUUAAGUAAGCUUCUGGUGCUUAAUCAAUGUGACAUUAUGCAGAAAUAUAUGAGUUGCAAAGGAACAUGUUUAGCAAGCAUUGGAGCUGAUCAGCCAGCAGAAGUUGUUGAUAAUGCUCCUAAACACUUGAACCCAGGAGCUUGCUUGUAUACUCGAACACAAUCAAUACUUUCCUGUGAUGGCUCACAUCAGCAUACUAGGAGACUUUGCCCCUGCGCAUAGUGUCUGCUUGGAAAUUUUUGUCCGGACAACACACACGAAGCAACUAUCAUUCAUUUAUGUAUGCUUCAGCUUCAGUUUCGCAAAUGUUACUAACAAGGUACUUCUAUUUAUAGAGGAGCAAAUUUUGUAGACAAACGAAUAAAAAUAACAUUGGAUUAUAUAUUUGUAAUAGUAGUGUGUAAAGGAAUGAGUUGAGUUGAGUGUAUAAAGUAAUGAGGGUGGCUUUUGUGUAAUGAUAAAAUUGCUUAAUUUAUAAUCUAGA